GACAAUCAACACAAACGUUUGGCUGUUGUUGAUUCCCCCUUCUCUAUCUCCAUUCAGGUCCACAUCUAUUUGAUAUAACGAUCAUCAUCAUUGUCCGCCUCUCUGUGCUUUACUUUUGGUUUUUGUGGUUUGUUUGGUUGUUUUCUCUUCUUCUUUCUUUCAUCUGUACCUCUUAUACAUAAGACGGUAUUCUUCUUUUUCCCCCGACUCGCUUUCUCUUAUCACCGCCGGUAUUUCCUUACCCCCCACCCCUCUCUUUUCCUUUCCUCAUCUGUGACGAUCACGAAGUUGGCGGUUUCACCGUCUUCGCAACGAACAGCGUGGAAGACGCUUGGUUCCUCCUCUUCGUCCUAUGUUGUUUCUGUUUUGAUUUUUUCUUUAAACUGUUGUAGCUGAUCUCGAAGUGCGAAAGGCUUCGUAAUUUGAUACAUCCAUUUGUUCAUUUUCUUUUAACGCUCCUCGACUUGUGUGUUUUCUGGUUUUUUUUGGUUUUGGGUUUUCUUCAAAAUAAAAAUGCUGCCUACUAUUCUCUAUAUUAUGGAGAGUCCUCGCGAGGAGGCCAACGAGACGUGCGCCUCCAUGGAGACGAGCCGUUUCAACUUCAUGCGUGACUCGGUUUUCCGCGGCGCCUCCACGAGCGCGGUGUCCGCGUUCAACGAGGACCAAAUUGAAUUUCUCAACGGCAAGCCCACCUACAAAGGUAACCGCCUCUUCAAGUGCUUCAAGAACCGCAGCAACGGUCUGCUCUUCCGCAUCAUUAACGAUGACGAAUUCCGCUGGGCCUUCUACAACGAUAUGAACGACUACAAUGUUAAAGUCACCUGCACGGCCGGCGCGGACAGCCACGUGACGCCGCUGGGCAGCACAACGAUGGCCAUCAAUGCGAGCACGAGGGAGAAGGUGCUGGAGGUGACGGUGGGACCGCUGGAGACGGCGAUGUUCCUGGAUGGCGUGCUGAAGGGCUGCAAGCUGAGGUAUGAAGCGCAGCCGAUCCCGCGUUCCGAGUGCCUGGCGAGAAAACUAAAAAUCACGGACUUCAACGCCCUCUCGCAGACGAUGCAGGGUGUCACAGAUGAUGACUCGCAAUUGCAAGUCAGCGACACCAAGGAGAAGUCCGAUUAA